GCGAAAAUCAAGCAAAAAUGUCUGGAAAAGCAUCAUUUGCAAAGAUAUUGCAGCGUUCAAAGUACGCAACAUACGAUCCAUCGAUAUCACAAGUCUACAGUGCAGCAGCAGCUAACAGAGCGAGAGGUGACUUCGGUUUUAAGAGACCAAUACAGGGUCCACCAAACGUUAGAGUGAAAUCACAAGACAACGAAUUGGGCGUCGUAGAAUACAUCAAUGCAGAUGGCGACGUAAAGGUCUUGCAAAGGAUCGAGGAAAUGAGAAUACCAUUUGACAACAAAGAGAGUACAUCUGCUAAUGAGUAUAGCAGUUACGUUGAUAAAUCAUCAAUCGAAGAUACAAUUUUGGGCCAAUUUGGUAGACCAGAAGUUGAACUUAUGGAUAAACAAGAGUUUGAUAACUACUUACAAAGAGUUAAAUCCUUGAGAGGUGAAUUCAAGGAAUUCCUCAAUAAUCAAGCUUUGGAUGUUGCAAAAAAGCAAGCUGAAUUGAAGGGAGAAAACCCUGAUAAUGUUAAAACACCACCAGUUGAUCUCUACAAUUCAGCCCAAAAUGAUCCAUAUGUUCACCAACAAUUUCUUAAACAAUAUCAUGCAAAGGUUCUGACUGAAAAGGAUUCAAAACAUCUCACACCAAAUCCACACUUCAAUGGUGGUCUUAGAUACUCAACACCAAGUCCAAUAGAAUCAUCAAAGUUGUCGCCUUCAAUUCCAGGUAGAAUAUUACCAAAUAGCUCAAACAACAGCAGGUUUAGAAGGGAGAAGAAACCAAUUGCCUUAGCAGGUUUAGUAGCAUCAACUGAUAUGUCCAAUUUAACAGGCUUAUCUGCAACUGAUUUCGCCAGUGAAUAUGGUCAACAAUCACGAGAUUUGAAUGCAGGACAAGCUAAAUUCAGAGUAAUGAACAGAGCAAAUGUCAGCAGAGUUCCAAGAGUAGUAAACACUUCAUCAGAUAGACCGUUGGAUGGUGCAGUUAUUGAUAUUGAAUUGUUAGAAUCAUCAGCUAUUGAAAAGUUGCAAAACAAAUCAGAAGCAAUCGGAUCACCUGAAUACGUUAGCACAUUUGAGAAGGACAUUCCAAGCGGACGUAAUAGACCGGUUUCAAUGUUUAAAACAAUAAAUUCGCCUUUAUUCAACAGGAAAAAGGAGAAUCAAGGUACGGAACUCAAAAUAUCUGAAUUGCUCAAACAACAUCAAUUUUAAUCUAAAUAAAGUUUGAUAGAUUAGAUUUUUUU